AUGCUGAUCCAAGUUGUCGCCCGCUGUUCGCAGGGAGUGAGUGUGUUGAUCCUGCUUCGAGCUCGAGCCAUGCUGAUCCAAGUUGUUGCCCACCGUUCGCAGGGACUUGUGAGUGUGAUCAUGCUCGGUCGAUCUCCUACCUUCCUCACCAAUGAUAUUGCAUCAUCCAUCCAGCCACUGAGCGAAAGAGACAAGCUUAGCGUCAAUGACAGUGCUGAGAUACAGUCUAUGUUACUCUCUGAGCCUCUUCAAUGGGCAGCCAAGGGUGACAAUGUACCAAGGCAGACGGGCCAUCCCACUGGGCCUAUGGCUGAAAUUGUACCUAUAUAUACGGGUGGGCUGAGUGUAGGAUGGGCCGAGUGUAGUGUAUACCAGAUGGAAAGGGAUGGGCUGAAUAUAGUAAAUGGAGUAUACAAUGGAGACAAGUGGGCCAAGGGAUUAUUAGGUAUAAUAGAGAUGGAUGGGCCGAAAUAUAGUGGGCCGGAAAAGGAGGUGCCAACCAGAUCCGGUCAUAGAAUACCGGGUAGUGAAAUACCGGCCGGAAUAUACCAGCCAACCGGAUCCGGUUAUAGGUUACAAUACCGGGUAGUGAAAUACCAGCUGGAAUAUACCAGCCAACCGGAUCUGGUAAUGAAUGGGCUUGUAGCACUGGGUCAUGGGAUUCCGCUGGUUGCCUCACUUUGUAAAACGAUGGUAGAAUACUGGGUAGUGAAAUACUGGCUGGAAUAUACCAGCCAACCGGAUCCAGUCAUAGGUCGGCUUGUAGCACCGGAUCAUGGAAUGCUACUGGUUGUCUCACUUUGUAGUGAAAUACCAGCCGGAACAUACCAGCCAACCGGAUCCGGUCAUAGGUAG